GCUGCGGAAGGUCCCGACAGGACUCAGCGCCUUCACGUUCACCUACUACCUAGAUAUUAGCAUGAAUAAUAUCACCAAUCUCCCAGCAAAUGUCUUCAGAAACCUCCCGUACUUGGAGGAGCUGAGGCUGGCUGGUAACUACCUGACCUUCAUCCACCCUCAAGCUCUGUCCGGACUUCAUCAGCUCAAAGUCCUGAUGUUACAGAAUAAUCAAUUGAAAACUGUCCCCAGCCUGCCACUGAAAUGCCUCCCUUCUCUACAGUCUCUGCGCCUGGAUGCCAACCACAUCACUGUGGUACCAGAGGAUAGCUUUGAGAGCCUGAGGCAACUUCGCUACUUGUGGCUUGAUGACAACAGCCUUUCAGAGGUCCCUGUCAGAUCUCUUAGUCACAUGGGCAACCUUCAGGCUCUGACCUUAGCCCUUAACCACAUCUCCUAUAUUCCUGAUUACGCCUUUGCCAACCUCUCCAGUCUUGUUGUCCUACACCUACACAACAAUAAAAUUAAUGAAAUUAGGAACAAUUCCUUCAGUGGCCUUGACAAUCUUGAAACACUGGAUUUGAACUUCAACAACUUGGUGUCUUUUGCACAGGCCAUCCAGGCACUCCCAAAACUCAAGGAGGUUGGGUUUCACAGUAACAACAUUUCAGUGAUUCCAGAUGAAGCAUUCCUUGGGAAUCCUCUGCUUCGUAGUGUCCACCUUUAUGACAACCCUCUCUCUUUUGUGGGUCAUUCAGCCUUCAAUAAUCUCUCAUAUUUGCCUUCUCUCAUUUUGCGUGGAGCCAGCAUGAUGCAGGAUUUCCCCACUCUGACUGGAACCUUCAACCUCGAGAGCCUUACACUGACUGGGACAAAGAUCCAUGCUAUCCCUCCAGGGCUUUGUGAGGACCUCAGGUCACUUCGGACACUAGACCUGUCCUACAAUCAAAUCCAAGAGCUUCCUGGCUUUCAAAACUGUUUCAGGUUGGAGGAACUGAACCUCCAGCACAAUUGUAUCCGGCAAAUCCAGGCAAAGACCUUUGAGGAUUUGGCUACAUUACGCAUAUUAGACCUCAGUAGAAAUAAAAUCACAUCAGUUCAUGGAGAUUCAUUUCUUUCCCUUGGAGGUUUAACAAACCUUGACUUGAGUUUAAACUUGCUGAGCACUGUACCCACAGCCGGGCUGAGAUCUGUGAGACACCUGAAGUUAGCAGGCAAUCUGGAGAUGAAAGGAGCCCUGGCAACCAAGGAUCUGCCUAAACUCAGGUCAGAGGGCAAAAGUGGUGGUCCGAAUGUGAUUUACUUCCAAUGCGGAGCAAAGUCAGAAAAGACAGAAAAGAUUUUAUCAUUCCGUUUGUCUCAUUCUGCACUUGUGUAUUUUUUGUAGUUGAAAUAAGAUUUACCCCUUUUUUUUUUUUUUGGGCCCCCCCCCGCAUAGGAUGGUAACUGUCACUUAUGCCUAUCAGUGCUGUGCCUUUGUGAGAUGUGACUCUGAGAGUGUGACUAGCAAU